AUGUAUGCGGGAAGAUUUAUUUUGGGGAUUGGUGUGGGUAUCGAAGGUGGUGGUGUUGGUGUGUACAUUAGUGAGUCUGUGCCCAGUAACAAGCGUGGGAGUCUUGUUUCGCUCUAUCAACUCAGUAUUGCUCUUGGAGAGGUUUUGGGGUACGCCAUUGCUGCUAUCUUCUACGAGGUGCACGGAGGGUGGCGUUUCAUGGUGGGUUCGUCGUUGGUGUUUUCUACGAUUGUGUUGAUUGGUCUUUUCUUCUUGCCAGAGUCUCCGCGUUACUUGGUGUUCAAGGGGAAGUUUGGCGAAGCAUUCAAUGUGUUUGCUCGGUUGAGGGACUUGGGGGACAGACACAGCAAGAUCGAGUUUGUGCAGAUGGUCCAGGCUGCUGAGGCAGAAAGAGAGUUGCGUCUCACGCAGAACAAGAGCAAGGUGUGGUUUGAGUUGGUCACCAUCCCCAGAAACCGCCGUGCCUUGGUGUAUGGUAUUGUGAUGAUCACCUUGGGUCAGUUGACGGGUAUCAACGCUGUUAUGUACUACUUGUCGACGUUGAUGGGCAGAAUCGGGUUCUCCACAAAGAACUCCGUGUUUAUGUCCUUAGUUGGUGGCGGGUCGUUGCUUAUUGGUACCAUUCCAGCAAUCUUGUACAUGGACAAGUUUGGUCGUCGUGUGUGGGGGUACAACCUUGUUGGGUUCUUCGUUGGGUUGGUGUUGGUUGGUGUUGGAUACUCGAUUGACAUUGAAACAAACUUGGCUGCUGCCGAAGGUGUCUAUCUCACUGGUCUUAUUUUGUACAUGGGCUUUUUCGGGUCGUACGCCUGUUUGACAUGGGUUGUGCCCGCCGAGUCGUUUUCGUUGGGGACCAGAUCUCAAGGUAUGACUAUCUGUUCGGCAUUGUUGUACUUGUGGGCGUUCACUGUCACAUACAACUUCAACAGAAUGAAGGUGGCCAUGACAUACACAGGGUUGACUAUUGGGUUCUACGGUGGUAUUGCGUUCCUCGGUUUCUUCUACCAGGUGUUGUUUAUGCCAGAGACCAAGGGGAAGACUUUGGAAGAGAUUGACGAGAUAUUCGAGAAGCCAUCCAGACAGCUCAUCAAGGAGAAUCUUUCGGGGUUAAAGAGAUUCUGGGGCCGUUGA